ACGUAAAAACUAUUACCAACCAUGAUGGUGACACAGCGAAGAAAGACAUGACUUCGAUAGACAUUUCCAGCGACAGAAGCCAGCCUGCUAGCAGUAGCGACCUGGAAAAGCAAUAUACCCCAAUUCGACGCUUCUUUCGCUCAGUCCAAAGGUAUGUCUGGGACGACCCAGACAAGCCGAAACAUGAGAAGAAGUUCUUGCUCAAACUCGACUUCUUUCUACUUACCUAUGCAUGUCUGGGGUACUUUUGCAAGAAUCUGGACCAGCAGAACAUCAGCAACGCAUAUGUGUUUGGAAUGAAAGAGGCACUGCAUAUGAAUGGCAACGAGCUCACGUACAUGAGCAAUGUCUUUACUGCUGGAUAUGUCAUCAGUCAACUCCCAGCCGUCAUUCUCGUCACAAAGUUGCGGCCAUCCCACGUCAUCCCGACCCUCGAAUGUCUUUGGGCAAUUUUCACCUUCUGUUCUGCUGCAGUAACAUCAGUACCUCAGUUGUACGGCCUACGCUUCCUAAUCGGCUUCUGUGAAGGAGCCUUCUUUCCUUGUAUCAUCUAUUUGAUAGGCUCAUGGUACACCAAGCAUGAGCGAGCAAAGAGAACGACACUCUUCUAUUGCACAGCGUCUCUAGCGCAUAUGUUUUCUGGUUAUCUACAAGCAGCAGCCUACGACAAUCUCGACGGCAAGCUAGGUCACGCUGGAUGGCAAUGUCUACCCGUGGGAGUUAUCGGAUAUUUCUUCAAUCCCGACUUCCCGGAAAAUACCAAAGCCUUCUAUCUGACGAAAGAAGAAGCCGCCUACGCCAGACAAAGACUGAUCUUGGAUAGCUAUACCCCUCUCGGGUCGCAGUCGUCCAAGUGGGACAAGAAAAAGCUCUUCCGUAUCGCUACGACAUGGCAAUUCUGGGUCCUGUCUUUUGGCUACUUCUUCCCAUUCUAUUCGCUGUGGCUCAAAGCUGAAGGCCACAGUGUGUAUCAAAUCAACGUUUGGCCAACAGGUCAAUCAGCAAUCGGCGCAGUCACUCAGAUCAUCGCGGGCAUGCUCUCAGACUCACCUCUACUCGGAGGUAAGAGAUGGCAAACAAUAGCAGCACUUCAAGGAGCAUCUUUCUUCGGUACACUGAUCCUGGCUAUCUGGAAUGUACCCAUUGGCCUCAAGUACUUUGCCAUGUACAUCAGUUUCUGCUCUGCCGGGGUGCCUGGACUUUUCUACUCCUGGUUCCCCGACUUGAUGCCGCAUGAUCAUGAAAUGCGGGGGUUCUUGACCGCUUUCUCGAACAUGUUUUCCUAUGUCAAUCAGAUCUGGUUUCAGGAUGCCGUUUGGAGGACCGAGGAAGCUCCGAAGUUUCGGCCGGGCUUCAUCGCUGCUGCAUCGUUUAGUGUUGCUCUGAUACUGACAGCUUGUCUGAUACGAGUCUUAGAGCAAAGGGAUGUGAAGAGAGCACACCAAUCGAAGGAUAUACAAGAAGGCAGUAGAGUGGGUGACGAAGUUGUUCCGGGAAUUCAGGCUGAUUCUGUACACAUAGCA